GGCGCCAGCGGGGCCGGGCUUGUCCCCGCUCUGCCCAAUCAGCGCGCGCCAGAGCCACGAGUGACGGCAGAAGCAGCCAAUCGCAGCCAGCGGCGGGCUCUGCACACGGCACGGCCUCGCCUGCCUUGGGCUGAGCUCCGCCAUUUCUCGUUAGCCUGGGCUGAGGAGCGGCCCCGGCGCUGGGCCCGGCCCGGGCAGGAGGCCAAGGAAGCGCCGCUGCGCUGAAGCGCCGGGAGCUCGGGGUGCCCGGGAGCUGAGGGCGCUGCGAGCUGGGGAUACUCAAAGCUGUUUUUUAGCCUGAAAAUGAAGCCAUUUCACAGAGGUUUCCUCUACCUCUUCUCCUUGUCCUCCUGACUGGAUCAAGUCAUCCACAUCCUGCAUUAAGCCAGUCCCUGGGGGAAUUUUCAUUCCCAAACUGUGUCCAGAUGGAAGACGAAGAGGAAAAGCCCCAGAGAUCCCGCACGAGGAGGGGCUGCAAACCCAGCCCAGGGAGCUGCGAGGAGGAAAGAUCCCCCCAGCACCAGGAACACGGCCAGAGAUCCAACCGGAGCUCAGAGCUGGGGAAGAAGCCCCACAAGUGCUUGGAAUGUGGGAAGGGCUUCAGAAAGAGCUCCCACCUGAUUGAGCACCAGAGGAUCCACACUGGGGAAAAGCCCUACGAGUGUGGGGAAUGUGGGAAGAGCUUCAGCCACAGCUCCAGCCUGUGCAAACACCAGAUGAUCCACACUGGGGUAAAGCCCAAUGAGUGUGGGAAAUGUGGGAAGAGCUUCAGAGAUAUCUCUGACCUGAUGAGACACCAGGUGAUCCACACGGGGGAACGGCCCUACACCUGCUUGGAAUGUGGGAAGAGCUUUGGGCGGAGCUCCACCCUGAGAAAACACCAGCGCAUCCACACUGGGGAGAGGCCCUACGAGUGUCCCGAGUGUGGGAAGAGGUUUCAGACCAGCUCCAAUGUCCUCCUACAUGAGCGGAUUCACACAGAGGAGAGGCCCUUCCGCUGCCCCGACUGCGGGAAGGGCUUCAAGCACAACUCCACCCUCACCGUCCACCGGCGCAUCCACAGUGGGGAGAGGCCCUACGAGUGUCCCCAGUGUGGGAAGAGCUUCUCACAGAGCUCUAACUUAACCCAACACCAACGGAGGCACCACUAAGAGAAGCCCUGCGAGUGCCCCGAGUGCGGGAAGAGCUUCGUGCGCUGCUCCAGCUCCAUCCCCCAUGGGAGGAUCGGCGUUGGAUGAUCCCCAGUGACCCCCGUUGGGCAGAGCCCUGGUGAUCCGUGGUCCUGGUGAUCCGUGUUGGGAAGACACCUGGCUGGGAGGCUCCACAUCUUCCUGGCUCCCUGUGGGCACCUGGAUGAAAGCAGGGGAAAGAAAAUCCAACAGGAUACAGACCGACAGUGGGAAUUGUUGACUUUCAGUCCUUGAGAACCUUUUGCCUCAGGAGCUCUGUGGGCAGAGAAAAGGGGGUGACACCGGACUUGGGGGGCCAAGGGGAGCACACACCCUCUAUGGGGGGGGAGGACACCACCCCCGGGACCCCCCCUCACCUUCCUGCACAGGCAGA